AUGUCAGCUGUGUGGACGGACAGCAGCAGCGGGCCCGCGGCGGAGGUCCCAUCAGCCCAGCAGGGCCGUGCCGCAUCGGCGGGGGCUCACAAUCCAGAGGCGGGGGGCGGCAGUUGGUUGGAACCCUCCAGGCCGCCACGGGCGCAGCAGCAGGUGCAG